AAAAAAAUAAAGACGCGACGUCCAGUCUACAUAGAACACAUAACUACUCCCCCUCUUUCCCCGCAUGGGGUAUUUCUGAUAACUAAUAACUAGAUUGCGAAGAUGUCGAUUUAUAAAUUGAAGAGGUUUGACUUUUGACACUGAUAGUAAUACUACUACAACUACAACCACAAAAAAAAUUACUUCCGCAGUUGGAGACUUGUAUUGACGUAAAUUGUUUUUCUCUUUUUUCCGUAAAUUUCUCUGCUCUGCUUUGGUUUUGGCUGUGUGCUAUGGUUGUGCCGGCGCAUGCAUGACGCUUCAAACAAAACACAUCGUUCACGAAAACAAGCUUGGAGAUAUCUGUUUUUCAUUGAGAUACGUUCCAACCGCCGGGAAACUCACCGUUGUUAUUCUCGAAGCUAAAAACUUGAAGAAAAUGGAUGUUGGAGGAUUAUCGGAUCCUUACGUGAAAAUUGCUUUGAUGCAAAACGGAAAGCGAUUGAAGAAAAAGAAGACGAGCAUUAAGAAAUGCACUUUGAACCCGUAUUAUAAUGAGUCGUUUACUUUCGAGGUUCCGUUUGAGCAAAUUCAGAAAGUGAAUUUAGUGGUUACCGUCGUGGAUUAUGAUCGAAUUGGGACUUCGGAACCCAUUGGGAAAGUCGUUUUGGGUUACAACGCAAGCGGGACCGAAUUGCGUCAUUGGUCGGAUAUGUUGGCUUCUCCUCGCAGACCAAUCGCCCAAUGGCACACUCUCAAAGAUCCGGAAGACGAGAAAAAGGACUAAGAUUGAAUCUAAAAAAUUGCAAAGUACUUUAUGUGUAUACAUAACCAAAACUUCAUGUAAAACAAGUUUAUCUCUGAUCUACGGAGCCAAAAUAUAUUCUAUUAUCUCUGUUGCAGCUCUGAAAAUUAUCUAUAUGUAUAUUUUACGUAUGUUAGUUAAAGAAAUAGGGUGAAAAUGAAUUUGGGGUAUCCCAAGGAAUGAUAAGGUAGAAUUUAAGAGAACUGCUACAUCCCAAAUUUCAACAAAUGCAUAGCUCGGGGGACCGUUCGUGACGUCACGCAUGGAUAAUAAAAGAAAAAUUUUGAUCGAGUUUAGUCUCUUACGAUGGCUAAAUCCGAAACUUUCUGGUUCUAGGUUUAGUGUUAGGUCUAGUUUUAAAUAAAAAAUAUACAACCACCUAACGCUAUCUAGUGUUAGCUAACAUUAUCUAACACUGUCACUAGAACUAACACUAGACCUAGAACUAGAAACAUUCGGGUU